CCGAACUAGGGGUUCAAGUCUGGUCAUGACCAGACCAAAUUUUUAGGGGUGGUGGGUCGUGGGUGUGGACGUAUGGUAUACCAAUAUACUGUAUACAAGUAAUGAAGAGAAAUAUUAAGGAAAUAUAGACGAAAUAAUAUUAUACUGUAUAUUUCAUUGGCAUACUAGGCGUAUAUAGGUUUACCGUAUACACGCAAAUAUGUAACUGUGUAACAAAUAAUACUGUGUAUGCUACCAUACUGACGCAGUAAGCAGAACGCUGUACGCGAUUGCCAUUAGGUACCUACUAGGAACUACACUGUCACUGUGUAGUGACUAUAGCAUGCGCAGUGCGGGCCGCGGGGUGCCGUGCUAUUUUUAAAUAUGUACAUUCUAUUAUACGAAAUUAGGAAAAUACUUAUUUUUAGAAUACUGAUAAGUGAUAAUGUUAAAUUGUAAAAAUGAAAACAUCAUGUCGUCAAUAAUCUAUAUUAUUAUUAAUUAUUAUUACAACUUUUCAUUAUUACAAUUUGCCUAGUGCCUACAACAGUCUACACAGAACUACAGAAGUGACUAGUUGUUGUUGUUGACUACAUAGUGUGAUAGUAUACCGUAUAAUGUGUUCAUUUUAAUGUUUUUAAACUGCCUAUGCUCUAACAGUCUAACGUGUAUGAUAUUUUAUCAAUUCAUUUUAGUCUUAACUGUAUGGACAAAUAUAAACUGCUGCAGUAAUUUGUGAAUUACUAAUUAGUGUUUCAUAUUUGGUAAAUUGUUCAUAAAUUUCAUAGGUUGUUUAUAUCAUGAAUUUUGCCAACUCUAAAAUUAUUUGUGCUGUGUGUGGUAGAAAAAAAGAAAAACUAAAUAGCACUAAUUGGUCUAGGCACAUAGAAAAAUGUAAAAACAAAAAAAUAAAGUUAACACCAAGUUGCUCCAAAUUUGCGAGUAACAAUUCAUUUAUUUCCAAAUUUUUUAAAACUACUUCAACAGAACUUUCAGUUGGAAGUACAGCAGAUAAUCAAUUGAAUGAAGUAGCUACAGUGGAAACACAUAAAGAACCUGUAGAAAAGUUAAAGUUUGAUAUAGCAGAUAAUCAAUUGAAUGAAGUAGCUACAGUGGAAACACAUCAAGAACCUGUAGAAAAGUUAAAGUUUGAUAUAGAAAUAGCAGAUGAAGAAUUGAAUGAAGUAGGUAUAGUGGGAAUACAGCAAGAACCGGUGGAACAGUUACACAUAGUAAGAAAUCUGAAUAAUAGAGUCUAUGAGUUAAGUACUAAUUCAAAAUGGAAAAAUGAUCCAGCAAUAUUUAAAGCUAUUCAUUUUACUCCAGAUAUGAUUAAUUUAGUACUGAGUUGGGGACCAUGUCAGCCGAAUCAUAACGAAAUGCCUGAUAGAGAAUUUCCAAAAAAUGAAAUGAAGAAGAGUUUUCAUGAAAAUUGGUUUCAUAAAAAACUUGGUGAUGGAACAAUGGUACACAGAGACUGGUUAACAUACUCUCCAUCAGAAAACAGGGUAUAUUGUUUACACUGCAUGUUAUUUGGCAAACACCCUCAAAAAGCAUGGGUACAUGAUGGAUUCCAGCAAUUUAAAAAUGGAACAAUAGCCUUGUUGGCACAUGAAACUAGUUCAGUUCACGUGGAUGCCACUCUUCAAGUCAAAUUGAAAAAAUCUGUUUUGCCAUUAAUACCUUCUAUAAUAGAAGAACAAAGAAAGCAAGUAGCUUUUAAUAGAGAAAUUGUGAGUCAACUAGUAGAAGUCACAAAGUUCCUUGGACAACAUUCGCUUGCAUUUAGAGGUCAUCGAGAAAAUUGGUCAAGAAUCAUCAAAGGCAAUUUUAAAGACUUGCUAUUGCUUCUGAGCAAUCAUUCUCCUGCGAUUUCGGUCCACAUUGCUAAUAUCAAAACACAUUCGAGAAAAGAAUUAUCUUUCAUUAGUUGGGAUCGUCAAAAUUUGUUAAUUAAUGCAAUAUCUCAAGAAAUAGUUUCUUUUAUUAAAUCAGAAUUGAAUAAUGCACGAUUUUUUAGCAUAAGUAUUGAUUCAACAUUUGAUAUCUCUAGACGAGAACAAGUAUCGUUCAUUGUACGUUAUGUUGAAGACUCAGGAAAAAUAAAUGAACGAUUACUUGCAAUGAAGGAUUCAGCAGAAACCACUGGACAAGCUCUAUUCAAUUUAUUUUCAAAAGUAAUGGAUAGUCACAAUAUUGAUUGGAAAUCAUAUCUUAUCGGACAAUCAUAUGAUGGUGCAGCAAGCAUGCAGGGGAAAUAUAAUGGGUUACAAACAAAAGUUAAAGAAUUAUGUCCUCAAGCUACUUUUGUGUGGUGUCAUGCUCAUCGUCUUGAUUUGAUUGUGGUUUCAAGUGUCGGAUCUUGUUUAGCUGCUAUGAAUCUAUUUGGUAAUCUUGAAAAGGUGUUUGUGUUUAUUAGCUGUAGUAAAAAGCGAAACUUUCUAUACCGCGAAAAACAAAAAAUCUUGUACCCCAAAGCAAGAAUACGAGCAAUAAAAAAAGUAGAAACUACGAGAUGGAUGUCACAGUCAUAUGCACUUACCACUGUCCUUAAGACACUUGAUGCCAUUUUAGAUACAUUAGAUGAAAUAAAAAAUGUAGAAGGUCAAGUUGAUUUCAAAACUGGUGCUGAAUGCAAUGGCUUAACUGAAUAUUUACAGUCUUUUAAUUUUUUGCUUACUGCAAAUAUCUUUAGUAAAAUUUUUGAUUAUAUAGAACCUGUGAGUAGAGCACUUCAAGCCCACAGUAUUGAUAUAAUCAUGGCCAUGGAUAUGUUAGCAAAAGCACAAAAAAAUAUUGAAUCACUUCGAAAUGAUGAUACAUUCCAAAAUAUUUAUGAUUCUACUAAAAAAAAUGGAAAGGUAUUUAACUUUGAUUUACAACUAACUACUAAUUCCAAUAGACGAAGACGAGUCCCUUGCCAAUAUGAUGAAAAAUCAAGAGAUCAAGCAUUAGAAGACCCUGUAGUAUCCUACAAAGUAAAUACAUACUUUGUGAUUUUGGAUAUUAUCUCUGCAGAUUUGAAAAAAAGAUUUAAUGAUAAUUACAUUGAAGUAGCAAAAGAUUUAUACUUGUUAACCCCAAAAUGUGUUUCAAAUAUAAUGGAAAAAUCAAGUUUUCCAUUAGAUGCUUUUGUUUCAAUCUGUAAAGUUUACAGCAAAUAUUUAGUCCGAGAAGAUGUUAUUCGAGAAUAUAGUCAAUUUAUUAAAUCUAAAAUUAAUUUAAAUUCUGGGAUUGUACCUGAUUUUGUACAUCCUAUACCCGAAGAAAACUCUGAUUUCUCUGAUAAUGAAUCUAAUGAUGAAUCUGAAUAUAUUUCUGAAAUUAUUAAUAGUGAUAACCACGAGAGUAUGAGCAUUAUAAAGAUGUACGCAUUAUUUGUAAACACUGGACUUAUUACAGUAUUUCCAAAUUUGUUUACAAUAUUAAAAAUAGGAGUAACACUGCCAAUUUCCAGUGCUUCUCAUGAACGUUCCUUCUCAAAACUUAAAAUCGUCAAAACCAGACUUAGAUCAACUAUGUCACAAAAUCGACUUGAAGACCUUAUGUUGAUUUCCUGUGAGACUGAUGUUGUAAUUAACACUGAAAAUGUCAUUAACAAUUUUGCAAGAAGAUCAUCCAUUUUAACUAAAUCAUUAAUGUAUCGGUAGGUAUUAAUUUCUAUGACUUUUUAUAUAAAAUAAAUUUAGUGAUGGAAAUAUUUAUAACUGA